AUGGUGGAAUCAAAUACAAAUUCAGCAUCGACAUUAUCAAAAUGUUCACAAAGCGAGCAAAAAGGACAAUCACAUACAACAUUUCCUUCCGUAUCUGAUAAUGUAGCUAUAACAGAACAACCCCAUUGUAGUAAAAAACAAUUAAAAUAUGUAUAUCCAUUAACAUCCUCCUUAAAAGCACCAUCUACAUCGACUGCUGGAAGUAGUAAUUCGUGUACAAAAAGUAUAAUCGCUUCAACAUCUGCUACAUCUACAUGCCCAUGUCCAUUUCGUGAUAUGUUAAACACAUCGUUAAAAUCAAGUGAACCACCCUUACCGAGUGGGGGAGGUGGUGCAAUAAGUAAAGAAGUGAUCAAAACAUUACCGAAAACACCAUCGUCAUGUUCAAUAAAUCGUCGACGACGUCAUAAAACUGUACAUUUUGGUGAUAAUAUUUUAAUUUCAUCGUCACAUCGACCCACAAAGAAUAUGCUCGAUACACGUACAAUACCGCAAACACGUAGUCGACAUCAUGAUUCGUUAGGUGUACAUCAUGGUACUCACCAUCAUCGAAGUUAUGGUAAAUCAUCCACUGCAUCAUCAAGCGUAACGCAUCCACGUAGUAAUAGUAAAUCACGGAUAAAUACAAGUGAUAAUAAUACAUAUACAACAGUGAUACCAACAAAAGAUCAACAAAAUAAUAAUAAAUAUGAACCAAAUGUUCAACAACUAUUUAGUUUUAUUGAACAAGUGCUAAGUGCAUGGGUUGCUGAAGAAGGUUUAACAUCACAAGGUGAAUUAAGUGAAGUGGAUGAGAAAACAUUAGCAAAAAAACGUUUUCAAUCAAAAUGUCGUAAAGCUAAACGACAUUUUAGUAUUAAACAACUUGUUGCUGAAGUGAGUGUAUUAAAUGGUACAAGAGCUAUGGGCUCGUUACGUUAUCGACAUUUUCAUUGGCAGGAUAAUAUUACAUUUGAUGAGUGUAAUGAAUACUUUUUACGUAAGAUUUCUGACGAUGAUCGUAUGUCAUUAACAACGGCCGUGUCAGAUGACGAUGACGGUGAAAGUGUGAUGAACUCACCAUAUAAAGCUGGAAAAACUACAGGCACUGCGGCUGCAUCAUUUAAUUGUACUGGAGCUGUGCGGAAAGCUGGGUAA